AUGGGUCCCGAUCAACAUCCUCAAUUGGACAGCUUUGGCCUGGUCCUCCCGUUCCCCUUGCGCCUGGCCAUCAUCCUAGUCGCCGGUUUCUGGGGAUGGGCGAUUAACCUCCAUUAUCUUGCCGCGGCCAAUAUUGACGUUCCGUCCCUCAUCCGAUAUCCGGCCCGUUCCUCCUCCUCACAGCCUCCCCACCAUACCUCUGCCUACCGUCUGGCAACCGCUCUGUCCAUCCCGGUGGGCAUCUGGAUCGUGGUAUUCUGGUUCGCCACGCGACGUUCCGUCGAACUCGUCGAACGACUAGACUUCAUCCCGCAGUCAUGCUACAUCGUCCUCCUCCUGAUCCUCAUAUGGCCCUUCAACCGCCUUGCCCGAUCCGGUCGCAUUCAUUUCCUCCGGACCCUGAAGCGGGUCAGCAUCGGCGGCCUGGCCGAGAGCAAGGAUGGCAAGUUCGGCGAUAUUCUACUGGCUGAUGCCCUGACCAGCUACGCCCGCGUACUCGGUGAUCUAUACGCCAGUUUCUGCAUGUUCUUCAUGCCGGACAUCAGCUCCACCGAAAAACCCGUUCGUUCGUGCGGCAGGAGCUUCAUCGUGCCGCUUAUCGUGGCCAUCCCCAGUCUCAUCCGACUCCGCCAGUGUCUGAUUGAGUAUGUGCGUGCCCGUCGCACGAACCUGCGGAGAGAUGAGAACCGCGCCAACGGACAUCUGCUCAACGCCUUGAAGUACUCGACCGCGUUCCCCGUUAUCUGGCUGUCCACCAAAGUGCGGAACUACAGCCCGUUGGAUUUCUUCGGUUUCAGUGAAAUGAGUUUGAUGCGGUUCCUGUUCAUCUUCUGCUUUAUCAACUCCGCCUACUCCUUCUACUGGGAUGUCGUCCGUGAUUGGGAUCUGACCCUACUGACCCCGCAUCGCCACAACAAAGAGCAUCCGUAUGGUCUCCGCCGCCACCGCUACUUCUCGGACCGGUUAUACCACUACGUUAUCUUUGCGGAUCUUGCGCUCCGUUUCUCAUGGCUGUGGCGCGCCCUCCCCGGGCUGGCGUGGCUGUCCGAGACCGAGAGCGGCUACUUUACGCUCAUGUUCCUCGAAGUUGCCCGGCGGUGGAUGUGGGUUUUCUUCCGUACAGAGGCUGAGUGGAUCCGGAAUUCCCACGGACCUGGACCCGACGAUGUUCUCCUCGGCGAAUAUAACUACAAAUUCGAUGCGGACUGA